UCAGGCACAGAUGUAGCGAAUAGAGCUCUUGGCAGAGGCAGGAUCUAUUUCUUAAAAACAUUCUUAGAAGAUUACUUCCAAAAUGCAGCAGUUUAGAGAGGUUUUAGCACUUUUCCUAGGUUUUGGGGGCUGGAUACUGGCUUAUGUUUCACUAGAGAAUCAUUAUUGGAAAGAAGCGACCCAAGAUGGGAGCGUAAUUUCAACCUCUGGUGUCUAUGAGAACCUAUGGAUGUCUUGUGCAACCGAUUCUAUGGGGGUCUAUGACUGUUGGAAUUUUCCAUCCCUCUUUGUUCUCCCAGGGUACAUCCAGGCCUCCCGAGCACUGAUGAUUGCCUCCAUUGUGUUUGGGACGUUUGGCCUUGUGGCGACUCUUGUGGGGAUGCAGUGCAGCAAAGUGUUGGGAGAAAACUACGUUUUGAAAGGCAGGAUCGCAGUGAUCGGAGGGGUGUUCUUUUUACUUCAAGGGCUUUGCACCAUGAUUGCUGUGUCUUGGUAUGCAGCCAACAUCACUCGGCAGUUCUUUGACCAGCUUUAUGUAGGAACAAAGUAUGAGAUUGGACAGGGCCUCUAUAUCGGCUGGUCGUCUGCUUUACUUGCCCUCUGUGCAGGCUCCUGCCUGUUGCGUGCUUGCAAGCAAAACUCUUCUGAUAAAAAGAGCGCCUACCCAUACCAGACAGCCUCCAGAGGACAUGUGCUGUCAACUGUGGCAACGUCUCAGUCUGCACCAGGCAACUAUGGCAGGUGCGCUUAUGUCUAAGAGGCCUCCAAGCAAAAGUGACUUGUGCAGAUCCUUUUUGUUCCUUAACUAAUGAAUGUUUAAAUGUAUAAAUGUAUAUAUACUAAGAAAUGACAUGCUAAUAAUUAAUGGCAUUUUAUUUUCUGAAUUUGCUAUCAACUGUAUCAGAUAUUUUAACUCAACCAAUGCAAUGUGAGACUUGUAAUGUAUAAACUGCUACAGCCAGGUUCCUUUCUUUCUGUGUGUUUAAAUUAUUUGCAAUGAAUCACAAUCAAUCUGCUUAAAGUUUCAGAAUCCCAUAUUUUUUGUACAACUACAGUAGCUAAGACUGAACUAAGAAUAUGUGAUCAUUUUAAUUGGAACUGUAAUGUAUAUGCACCAAGCUUUUAAUGUCCUUUUUAGUAUAAAACACAUUUGUCAUA